AUGGCGGCACGGAGAGCGCGGCGUUGGGCGCUGGCUCUGCUGCUGCUGCCGCUGCUGGCGCUUCCCUGGCGAGAGGCCUUCAGCCCUGUGCGAGGCCUGAGCGCGGCCGCCGCCGUGCUGCUGCUGGCACCUGUGGUGAGGGCGGAUGAUAUGAACUAUGAGGAGUUCCUGUCCUCGCUGCAGAAAGAGGCGGAAGCGGGGCGCGUGGAGCGGGAGCAGCGGGAGAAGAGCCCGACGGGGAAACUGCAAGAUGCCGCAGAGAUGGCGCAGAUCCUCAGCGAUCUGCAGCAGUUCUCCUCGAAGAUGGAGUCCUUGGGAGUGAAGGAUGAUCUGAUGCAGGUGGUGGGCAAAGUGAAGCCCGAGGCAGCUGCCCCUAAGGCUGAGAAGCCUGACAUGAGCUUCGAGGAGCUGGUGGCCUCAUGGAAGUGA